GGGGGGGGAGGAGGAGGAGGAGGAGGAGGAGGAGGAGGAGGAGGGGUGGGGGCUGUGCCCGUCGGGUCCCGCCGCCCAGCUCCGGUGUCCGGUGUCCGGUGGAGGCGGCAGCGAUGUCGGUGGCGGGGCUGAAGAAGCAGUUCUACAAGGCCAGCCAGCUGGUCAGUGAGAAAGUUGGAGGGGCUGAAGGGACCAAACUUGACGAUGACUUCAAGGAAAUGGAAAAGAAAGUGGACCUGACCAGCAAGGCAGUUACAGAAGUACUGACCAGAACAAUAGAGUACCUCCAGCCAAACCCAGCUUCCAGAGCCAAGCUAACCAUGCUGAACACGAUGUCGAAGAUCCGCGGGCAGGUGAAGAACCCCGGCUACCCGCAGUCGGAAGGGCUGCUGGGGGAGAGCAUGAUCCGAUACGGCAAGGAGCUGGGCGAGGACUCCAACUUCGGCGAUGCGCUUCUCGAUGCCGGUGAAUCUAUGAAGCGACUGGCUGAAGUGAAGGACUCGCUGGACAUUGAAGUCAAACAAAAUUUUAUUGAUCCCCUCCAGAACCUGUGUGACAAAGACCUGAAAGAGAUCCAGCACCAUCUCAAGAAGCUGGAAGGCAGACGCUUGGACUUUGACUACAAGAAGAAACGACAGGGGAAGAUCCCCGAUGAGGAACUCCGACAGGCCAUGGAGAAGUUUGAAGAGUCCAAGGAAGUGGCCGAGACCAGCAUGCACAACCUCCUAGAAACCGACAUCGAGCAGGUGAGCCAGCUCUCAGCCCUGGUGGAUGCCCAGCUGGACUACCACAGGCAGGCAGUGCAGAUCCUGGACGAGCUUGCAGAAAAACUCAAACGCAGAAUGAGGGAGGCCUCCUCGCGUCCCAGGAGGGAAUACAAACCCAAACCCAGGGAGACGUAUGACUUUGGAGAGACUGACCAGUCCAACGGGGGCUUCUCUUGCAACCCUACCCCCAAAGUCUCAGCAGCUUCCUCCUCUUUCCGAUCCGACAAGCCGUCCCGGGCCUCCGUCAGGAGUAUCCCCCACCUGGACCAGCCGUGCUGCAAGGCGCUCUACGACUUCGAACCCGAGAACGACGGCGAGCUGGGCUUCAAGGAGGGCGACAUCAUCACCCUCACCAACCAGAUCGACGAGAACUGGUACGAGGGCAUGAUCAACGGCCAGUCGGGCUUCUUCCCGCUCAACUACGUGGAAGUGCUGGUUCCGCUACCUCAGUGAGAGGCAUCUCUGCCCCCCCCCGGCCCCGCGCCCCGCUCGCGCCCUCUCCGCGGCGCGGGGCCGAGCCUGCAUUCCACGUCUGUCCCCACACCAGCCCCUCUCCGGCGGGGCGGGGGAGAAGACGCGGCCGAGUUUGCCACCAGGGAACAAGCCAGAAGGGUCGGAUGGCCCCCACCCCGGAGGAUUUGGUUGGUGUUUUUGUUUUUUUGUUUUUGUUUUUUGUUUUUUUUGGUCCUUCUGGUGCUUGAACUUAGGUACUUUAUGAGCCCCGCCAGGUUCCUCGCGGUCUGUACAUUUAAGCUGGGUCGCAGGCCUCUCCUUGUCCAGAUUUUUGUCUUUGCUUUGGUCGAGUGUGUCCGUACGAAGCAGGGCAGCCGUGCCGCAGAGCUGGGGCACGCGUCCUUCACGCUGGGAGACACGGCCCGGGGCCGGGCAAGCGGUGCUGGGGGCAAAGCAGGGCUGAGCCUCGUGGAGGGGCAAGAGCUUUGCCCCCUUCCUCCCCCGGUGCGGGGCAGCUACUGCCGAACACUACCCCUCUCCCUGCGGACACACGGCCGCCCUCGCAGCCCCGACCCCGCUGCAGCCCCGCGCCCUCUGCCCCGCUGCAGGAGCAGCCCCAGGGCUCAGCGGAGGCAGCGCAGGGCACAGCAACACUACAGCACAGCUCCAACACUAAACCUGCCCCGGGGUGGUGCUGAGCCCUGCCUGGGCGUUAGCCCUCUGCCCUCUCCCCAGCACAGCUCCAUCCCGAAGGUGGUGGCUGCCCCUUUUUGCCCCAGAAGGGUUUGAGGCUGGGAUGCUUCCGAGCUUUGGGCUCUCCAUUCGCAGAGCUGGGGGGUAAAUCAGGGGGCAGGGGGCUGCCCGGGGCAGGGCAGAGCAGGUCCCAGCGUGGUCCCGUGUAAGAUCCUCUCGCCCCGUGGCUCUGUUUGUUCUCCCCACGGCCCCAGCAGCCGUCAGCACCCCAAGGGGCUGAGCCGCAGGCUCCUCGCUCGCUCCUCGGGGCUGCUCGGCUGGAGUAAAGCCAAUCCCCACGUGCCUUCCUGCUGCCCCCGCUCUGCCCCUCACCAGCCAUGCUCCAGGCUUUGGCACCUCUGGCUUCUGCUGCCUGCAGACAGGUUCAGAGAACGGCUCCUUGGGGUCUCCGCACCCCUUGGGCCCGAGCCUCCAGCCCCUUUCCCUGUCCCGGUGUCGGGACGAGGCCCCUGCCCACCCUCAGCACCCCAAGGGAGAGGGGGCAGCGCCGCCUCCUGCACCUGCAGCCCCCCCCCCUCGCUUCCUUGCUUCUCCAGCAUUGAUAGAAAAAUAUUUUCCUCCCCUCUGUGGGGACCUGGCACCUCUGCUGCAGGGCUUGGCGGGGCUUGGGCACCUCUCUCCUCGACCAGCAUCCCCCCCCCUCACCCCUUCCCGGCUGGUGGCCGAGCCGUCGCUCCCUGCCAGCACCAUGUCCCUGUCCCCGCUGCUCCCGUCUCCUGUUACAUUUACACGGAACCUUUUUAAAUGUUUUUAACCAUGCAUGUCGAUGUACGUCUGCUCCCCCGCCGCGCAGGGAGCCCACGGGACUGCUGUCCCCAGGGCCCCCCCGUGUCCCCAGGGCCCUCGCCUCUGUCCCCUCCCUGCUGGGGGCCGGGGUCGCAGCCCAGGAGCACUGGCUCCUGCUCAGGUGGGUUGAGAUGAGUCUGUCAGCUGGGAAAACUCGCUAAGACCUUUUUUUUUUUUUUUUUUUU